AUGGCCGGAGGACCAGCCGUCAACUCUGGCAACGAUAGCGGGUAUACUCAUCUUAUCGACCCGCGAAGGAAAUGGUACAACAAUAGGAGGCUCAUCGCUCUGAAUGGUUGGAUUGUCCUCCUCCUCAUCACCUCAUCAACCAAUGGUUACGAUGGUAGUAUGAUGAACGGCCUUCAGUCUCUACCCCAAUGGAGAGACUACUUCCACUCGCCUUCUGGCGGCAAGCUUGGUCUUUUAAACGCUAUUCAAAACAUUGGGUCACUCGCCGCUUAUCCCUUCUCCCCCUACCUCUCCGACGGCAUUGGCCGUAAAUACACUGUCAUGCUUGGCGCCUUGAUCAUGUGCAUCGCUACGGUCAUCCAGACGGCCUCCCAGUCUGUUGGAAUGUUUAUUGGCGCGCGUUUCCUCAUUGGCUUUGGUCUCACAUUUGCUGCUGGAGCUGCGCCAAUGUUAGUGACCGAGAUUUCCUAUCCUUCUUAUCGUGCACCUCUUACAUCCGCCUACAACUCUCUCUGGUAUUCUGGUGCUAUCGUCGCUGCUUGGACCACAUAUGGUACAUUCAAGAUCCCAUCGACAUGGUCAUGGAGGAUUCCUUCAGCCCUCCAGGCUCUUCCCUCCGUCGCUCAGGUCUUCCUUGUGCUAUUCGCUCCAGAGUCGCCCCGUUGGCUACUCAGCAAAGGCAAAGACGACAGAGCUUUGAAGACGCUUGCUUAUUAUCACGCCGAUGGUAACGUAAACGACCCACUUGUUCAGUACGAAUACCAUGAAAUCAAGAACGCCAUCGAGUUUGAUCGUACAGUUGCCGCAAAUGUCGGCUGGAAAGCCCUUGUUUCAACUCCUGGAAACCGAAAGCGCAUGCGCAUCAUCCUUGCAUUGGCCUUCUUCUCCCAAUGGUCCGGAAAUGGCCUCGUAUCGUACUACCUCAACAGGGUGUUUGAUGCCAUUGGUAUCACCGACCCCACGAUCCAGCUUCUCAUCAACGGUAUCCUCCAAAUUUGGAACCUCAUUUGGGCUCUCCUCGCAUCCUUCCUUGUUGAUCGCAUUGGCAGACGCAUCCUCUUCCUGACUUCAGCAGUUGGAAUGUUAAUUUUCUUCGUGAUGCAAACCGUCUGCUCGGCACAAUUUGCUAUUCACGGAAGCGACGCCGCCGCACAUGCUGUCAUUGCCUUCAUCUUCCUGUUCUACGCUUCCUACGACAUCGCCUUUUCGCCUCUCAUCGUCUCAUAUACCGUCGAAAUCCUGCCAUUCGCACUGCGAGCCAAAGGUUUCACAGUAUUCAACUUUGCAAUUUCGCUCUCCCUCAUCUUCAAUCAAUACGUCAACCCCGUCGCCCUUGAUGCUAUCCAAUGGAAAUACUACAUUGUCUACUGUUGCUGGCUCGCCUUUGAACUCGUCUUCCUGUACCUCUUCAUCAUCGAGACCAAGAACAGGUCUCUCGAAGAAACCGCAGCCCUCUUCGACGGAGAAGAAGCUACUCAGCAUAUCCAGGCCGAAAAAGCCGGCGCUCCCGAGGUCAGGUACGACGAGCACGAGAAAGAUACUUCGGACUCAUCACUUGAGAACGUGUCCAAGGAUUGA